CCAUGCCACACACACACACACACACGCACACACUAAGGAGGAGGGGACGAGCUGAGGACAGUUUCUUCUGAAUCUCUACUUCUUCCUUCGUUAUCACAGUGUGGAUGUCCCCUACCCAUCUAUCAAGCUCGUACAACGGAUCCGAUCAGCGUAACUCCACCGCUCAGAAGCUGGGGACAUGCGCUAGUUAUCUAUCCACCUGAUCCGUUUGAGGAAAAGAUCCAGACUUCCGCCCUAGCAUCAAAUCUAGUCUAAUAAACCCUGCGAUCCCGCGAGCACGCAAUCAUGGAAUCCUCUGAUUUGACCGCGCCUUACGCCAGGCAGGCCAACGCCUUAUCUCCCACGCAACGAUCUUCAUCCCAUUCGUCUCAUCGUGAGCCACACCGCAUGGCUGCCUUCGAAUCGGUCACCGUGCCUGACCAGGGCCAAUCGCAACCUGUCAACGAGGUCACUCCGAUCGUGAGCAACUCUGACACAUCUCGGCGCAACUAUCAUUCUACCGACGGUCUACGGAACAGGGACUCGGGAUCAACAAGCAAUAACACGGUCUCACGGGAUCCCGGUCAGCAGAAUUCUCAGUGUAACUCGGAAGAACCGCACGGCUCGUGGUAUAGCCGGCUGGCAGAUAGAUAUGGAAGCUUGGAGUUAGAAAAUAAAGGCAGUGUGGCCCGAGAUCAUCUCGCUUUGGAACGAACCUUUCUGGCAUGGCUGCGGACAUCGUUAGCCUUUGCAUCGAUUGGCAUCGCAGUAACCCAGUUAUUCCGUCUCAAUAGUGCCGGGACGAACGCAAAUGCCAAUCUUUCCGCUCAAAAUUAUCUUUUGCCAUCUGCCGCUUAUGAUUCCACGCCAUUAGGGGUGACAACUGCCUCUGCACGCCUUCGGAGCAUCGGUAAGCCGUUAGGGACUACUUUCAUUGGAGUUGCAAUUUUGAUUCUACUGGUUGGAUUCCACCGUUAUUUCGAAAGCCAGUAUUGGAUUAUUAGGGGCAAAUUCCCGGCCAGCCGUGGCAGUGUUGCAUUGACAGCCUUUGUAGCUGCUGCUCUGAUUAUUACCGCUUUUGUUGUGAUCCUUGCCAUCUCCCCCGGCGCGGUCGAAGCGUAGGGACUUAAUGUCGGGAUAAGCAAGGGGUUGCACGUUUUCUAUACCGUUUUGCAUUCGAAUUUUGUUUGUAUUAAAGCGAGCGAAUUGAUGGGAUUUGGCGGUGUUGUGCUGUUCAUAGGUACAUAGCAGUAUUUAAGUAAUAACCGUGGCUGAAUCGACCGAACAAAUGAGCUACUCUACUG